AUGCUGAUUGGGUUUUCUUCAGGCAAGCACCGAAAGCGGAAGUCGUGCGCCGGACCGUUGCUAGAGCGCUUGCGUGGCCGGCAAUCGCCGUCAGUCUCGGUCUUUGUAGUAACUGCUCUUGUGAAAGCGCGGCGCGUGGCGCCAGUGUCCCGGUCGCGCUCCCGCGACACCCCAGGCUCUAGGAGACGGCGACGCAGCUCGUCAGGGAGCCUGCCUAACGCGCAGGCCAGACCAUCCCCGUGGGGCAGCCGUUCCCACUCCCACUCCCACUCCCGCGGCCGCGAGGGCCUCAGGCCUCAGUGGGGUGGGUCGGGCGUCGGCGCUCCUUGUACCUUCAGCCGCUCUGGAUCUCGAGAGCGGCCCACCAGGCUCCGCAGCUACGCUUUCUCGUCCUCUUCUGUCUACUAUGGCGGGUACUGCUACCAUCACCACCACUAUGCGCUCGACAGGCAGUGGGCGGAAGACUAUGAGAAGGAGAAGGAGGAGAGCUAUCGUCAGGGGAGGCUGAAAGAGAGAGACAGGACUGGGGAGUUGGGAGCACCUGAGGUGUGGGGUCUGUCUCCAGAGUUUCCUGAGCCAGAUUCUGGUGAACACACCCCGGUUGAGGAUGAAGAGGUAAAGACUAAGAAGAGCAGCAGUUCACAUUCCAGCUCCGAAGAAAAAAGGAAAAAGAAGACCAGUCGUUCAAAAAAUAAGAAAAGAAAGAAAAAGUCCAAAGGAAAACACAGGAAAUAUUCUGAUAAUAGCGACAGUAAUUCAGACUACGACACUAGCUCGGAUGAUGAUAAAACGAGAGCAACAAAAGCCAAGAAGAAAGAGAAGAAAAAGAAACACAGAGCUAAAAAGCCCAAGAAAAAGACGAAGAAGACUAAAACAGAAUCCAGUGACAAACGCUGUAAGGAUUCAGAAGGGGAGUUGCCAGAAGAUAUCUGGAUUGAGCAGUCAAAGAUUGCAGAUAACAUGGCUCUAAUAGGUCCAGAGGCACCUAUAAUACACACCUCUCAAAAUGAGAAACCUUUGAACUAUGGCCAUGCUCUGCUUCCAGGUGAAGGUGCAGCUACGGCUGAGUAUGUAAAAGCUGGAAAGCGUAUCCCACGAAGAGGUGAAAUUGGGCUGAGAAGUGAAGAGAUUGCAUCUUUUGAAUGCUUGCGUUAUGUUAUGAGUGGUAGCAGGCAUCACAGAAUGGAGGUUGUGCAACUGCGUAAAGAGAACCAGAUCUAUAGUGCUGAUGAGAAGAGAGCUCUUGCAUCCUUUAACCAAGAAGAGAGACGGAAGAGAGAUAAGAUUCUAGCUAGUUUCAGAGAGAUGGUGUACCGAAAGACAAAAGGGAAAGAUGACAAAUAA